AGCUGACUGGAGGCCUGGCGGGUGGAGAAACAGAGAGGUGGGGAUCUGGGGUGGGCUGCGCCCCUUGGCUCCGACCCAGUCCACGCUCUGGCCUUCAGAAAGCAGAAGCUGUCAGCUCAUUCACUCCCCUUUCAGGAAAGGGAGAGAAUAAAAGCUCCCUGGUCCUGUCUGCUUCAAAAAGCCACCAGAGCUCUUGGUCAGCUUGCCGGGGCCGCUCCCUUCCCACGCCUGGACCAUGCUCCGCUGCAUCUUUCUGCGCGGCCACAGGCGAGGUCUCGAUAUCUGCAGCUGAGAGCUACAACUUUUCAAACUUUUCUUCUCCCCAACAACUGAACCAUGCCAUGUGCUCAGGGGAGCUGGCUGGCAAAGCUGUUGAUGGUGGCUCAGCUUCUUAACUUUGGGGCUUUUUGCCACGGGAGACAAACUCAGCCCUGGCCGGUUCGCUUCCCAGACCCGAGGCAAGAACAUUUUAUCAAGUCCUUGCCAGAAUACCACAUAGUGAGUCCAGUCCAAGUAGAUGCUGGUGGCCAUUUUCUGUCCUAUGGCCUGCAUCAUCCUGUCACCAGGAGCAGGAAGAAGAGAGCUGCUGGUGGUUCUGGGGACCCAGUGUACUACAGAAUUUUACAUGAAGAAAAAGACCUGGUUUUCAAUAUGACAGUCAACUGGGAAUUUCUUUCCAGCGGCUAUGUCGUGGAGAGGAGAUAUGGGAACCUUUCCUAUGUUAAGAUGGCUGCUUCCACAGGCUCGCCCUGCCAUCUCAGGGGCACAGUUCUGCAGCAGGGCACCACGGUUGGGAUUGGGACAGCAGCUCUCAGUGCCUGCCAAGGACUGACUGGAUUUUUCCAUCUACCACAUGGAGACUUUUUCAUUGAGCCUGUUAAAAAGCUUCCACUGACCAAGGAAGGGUACCACCCUCAUGUCGUAUACAGAAGGCAGAGCUCCAGAGCUCCAGAGACAAAGGAACCCACCUGCGGAUUAAAGGACAGUCUUGAUAACUCUGUGAAGCAAGAGCUACAGCGGGAGAAGUGGGAGAGGAAAAACUUACCAAGCAGAAGCCUCUUCCGACGCUCCAUAAGCAAGGAAAGAUGGGUGGAGACCCUCGUGGUGGCUGACACGAAGAUGGUAGAGUACCAUGGAAGUGAGAACGUGGAGUCAUACAUCCUCACCAUCAUGAAUAUGGUCACUGGGUUGUUUCAUAACCCAAGCAUUGGAAACCUAGUCCACAUUGUUGUGGUUCGGCUCAUUCUGCUUGAAGAAGAGGAGCAAGGAUUGAAAAUAGUUCACCAUGCAGAGAAGACACUGUCCAGCUUCUGCAAGUGGCAGAAGAGCAUUAAUCCCAAGAGUGACCUCAACCCUGUCCAUCAUGAUGUGGCUGUCCUUAUCACCAGAAAGGACAUCUGUGCUGGUGUCAAUCGCCCUUGUGAGACUCUGGGGCUGUCCCAACUGUCAGGAAUGUGCCAGCCUCACAGGAGCUGUAACAUCAAUGAAGACUCCGGCCUCCCCCUGGCUUUCACCAUUGCACAUGAACUGGGGCACAGCUUUGGCAUCCAGCACGAUGGAAAGGAAAAUGACUGUGAGCCUGUGGGCAGGCACCCAUACAUCAUGUCCCAACAAAUUCAGUAUGAUCCAACCCCACUGACAUGGUCGAAAUGCAGCAAGGAGUACAUCACUCGCUUCUUGGACCGAGGCAGGGGGUUCUGUCUUGAUGAUAUCCCCAGAAAGAAAGGCUUGAAGUCCAACGUCAUUGCCCCUGGAGUAAUUUAUGAUGUUCAUCACCAGUGCCAGCUCCAAUAUGGCCCAAAUGCUACAUUCUGCCAGGAAGUAGAAAAUAUUUGUCAGACACUGUGGUGCUCGGUGAAAGGCUUCUGUCGCUCUAAGCUGGAUGCCGCUGCUGAUGGGACUCGUUGUGGUGAGAAGAAGUGGUGUAUGGCUGGAAAAUGUAUCACAGUGGGGAAGAAACCAGAGAGCAUUCCUGGAGGUUGGGGACGCUGGUCACCCUGGUCGCACUGUUCCAGGACAUGUGGGGCAGGAGCUCAGAGCGCAGAGAGGCUCUGCAACAACCCAGAACCAAAGUUUGGAGGGAAAUACUGCACCGGAGAAAGAAAACGCUAUCGCUUAUGCAAUGUCCAUCCCUGCCGAUCAGACACUCCAACUUUCCGGCAGAUGCAGUGCAGUGAAUUUGACACAGUCCCCUACAAAAACCAAUUCUACCGCUGGUUCCCAGUGUUUAAUGCAGCACAUCCUUGUGAGCUGUACUGCAGACCCAUAGAUGAACAGUUUUCUGAGAAAAUGCUGGAAGCCGUAAUUGAUGGCACCCCAUGCUUUGAAGGUGGCAACAGCAGAAAUGUCUGUAUUAAUGGCAUAUGUAAGAGGGUUGGCUGUGACUAUGAGAUUGAUUCCAAUGCUACAGAGGAUCGCUGUGGCGUGUGCCUUGGAGAUGGCUCUGCCUGCCAGACUGUGAAGAAGCUGUUUAGACAGAAGGAAGGAUCCGGUUACAUUGACAUCGGACUUAUUCCCAAAGGUGCCAGGGAUAUAAGGGUGAUGGAAAUCAAGGCAGCUGGCAAUUUCCUGGCCAUCAGGAGUGAAGAUCCAGAAAAAUAUUACCUCAACGGAGGGUUUAUUAUCCAGUGGAACGGAAACUAUAAACUGGCAGGGACCGUCUUCCAGUAUGACAGGAAAGGAGAUCUGGAGAAACUUAUAGCUCCAGGCCCCACCAACGAGUCGGUGUGGCUCCAGCUACUAUUCCAGGUGACUAACCCUGGCAUCAAGUAUGAGUACACAGUCCGGAAAGAUGGUCUUGACAAUGACGUGGAGAAGUUGCUGUACUUCUGGCAAUUUGGCCGCUGGACAGAAUGCAGUGUAACAUGUGGAACAGGUAUCCGCCGGCAGGCUGCUCAUUGUGUCAAGAAAGGUCAUGGCGUAGUGAAAACAACAUUCUGUAACCCAGAAACACAGCCCAGUGCGAGACAGAAGAAGUGCUAUGAAAAGGAUUGCCCACCCAGGUGGUGGGCAGGGGAGUGGGAAGCAUGUUCAACGACAUGUGGGCCCUAUGGAGAAAAAAAGAGAACGGUGCUGUGCAUCCAGACCAUGGGCUCUGAUGAACAGGCUCUUCCUGCUACAGACUGCCAGCACCUACUGAAACCCAAAGCACUGGUUUCCUGCAACAGAGAUAUUCUGUGUCCAUCGGACUGGACAGUAGGCAACUGGAGUGAGUGCUCUGUUUCCUGUGGUGGUGGAGUGCGGAUUCGCAGUGUCACAUGUGCCAAAAACCUUAAUGAACCAUGUGACAAGACAAGGAAACCCAACAGUCGAGCUCUGUGUGGCCUCCAGCAGUGCCCAUCCAGCCGUAGAGUUCUAAAACCCAAUAAAGAUACAGCUCCCAGUGGGAAAAAUCAAACAUCAGAACAUGACCCCUUCAAGCCCAUCCCAGCACCUACCCCCAGGCCUACACCACUGUCCACACCCACAGUGCCUGAGUCUGUGAGCACAAGUAUUCCUGCAAUCAACAACCUUGGCUCCACCAUAGCAUCCCAAGAAGAUCCAGAUGGGAUAGGAUGGCAGAAUAAUUCAACCCAAGUUGAAGAGGACUCCUACAUCCUAACUUCUCGAAGCACUUCCCAGGCCCCCCUGACAUCUUGGUCUUUGAGUAUCCAACCCGAUGAUGAAAAUGUUUCCAGUUCAGCUAUAGGUCCUACUUCAGAGGGUGACUUUUGGGCAACCACAACAAGCGAUUCUGGCUUAUCAUCUAGCAAUGCUAUGACUUGGCAGGUAACUCCAUUUUAUAGCACCAUGACCACAGAUCCAGACGUGGAGAUACAUAGUGGUUCAGGGGAAGACAGUGACCAGCCUUUGAACAAGGACGAAAGUAACUCUGUGAUAUGGAACAAGAUCAGAGUACCUGGGCCUGAUGCACCCAUGGACACGGAUGCAGAAAUACCACUUGGACCUCCACCAACAUCUUAUGUUGGGGAAGAGCCCUCAUGGCCUCCCCUCAUCACAACGAUGGAAGGCUCAUUACCUGCCUGGUCCUUCAAAAAUGAGACACCCAAGAAUGAGGGGAUGAUCACUGAAAAUUCAAGGAGGAUUCCACUCCCUCUUGGAGGAGACUACCAGCCAGCACCCUCAGAGAAGUUAGGAAACCAUGACCAAUUGGCAUUGCCAAAUAAUACAAAUCCAACUCAAGGCUCUGGGCCUGUCCUGACUGAGGAAGACGCCUCCAGUCUGAUUGCUGAGGGAUUUUUGCUAAAUGCUUCCGAUUACAAGCAUCUCAUGAAGGACCACAACCCUGCAUACUGGGUUGUUGGAAAUUGGAGUAAAUGCUCCACCACCUGUGGGCUGGGGGCCUACUGGAGGAGCGUGGACUGUAGCACCGGGGUGAAUGCUGACUGUGCCACCAUUCAGAGGCCAGACCCUGCUAAGAAGUGCCACCUCCGCCCCUGUGCUGGCUGGCAUGUGGGAAACUGGAGCAAGUGCUCCCGAAAUUGCAGUGGGGGCUUCAAGAUUCGUGAGGUUCAGUGCAUGGACAGCCUGGACCAUCACCGGAGCCUGAGGCCAUUUCACUGUCAAUUCCUGGCUGGCGUUCCUCCUCCUCUGAGUAUGAGCUGUAACCUGGAACCUUGUGGAGAAUGGCAAGUGGAGCCCUGGAGCCAGUGUUCUAGGUCCUGUGGAGGCGGUGUUCAGGAGAGAGGAGUGUCUUGCCCAGGAGGCCUCUGUGACUGGACAAAAAGACCUGCAACCACUGUGUCCUGCAACAGACACCUUUGCUGUCACUGGGCCACUGGAAGCUGGGAGCCGUGUACCACUUCCUGUGGUGGUGGCUCUCAGAAGAGGAGCGUUCAUUGCAUCCCCUCAGAAAACAGUACAACUGAAGAUCAAGGCCAGUGCCUCUGUGACCAUCAAGUCAAACCCCCAGAAUUCCAAGAAUGCAAGCAGCAAGCCUGCAGGAAGAGUUCUGAUUUAACUUGCACCAAGGACAGACUUUCAACCAGCUUCUGCCAGACACUAAAAUCCAUGAGGAAGUGCUCUGUGCCAUCAGUGCGAGCUCAGUGCUGUCUCUCAUGUCGACAGGUGCCCAGCAUCCACACCCAGAGGCAAAGAAAACAGCAGUUGCUCCAAAAUCAUGGCACGCUCUAGGUUCAGAGAGAAGCCACCAUCAUGGGCCUCCACAGCCUGAUACCCAAGAACAUGGUUCAAAUGGUCACUUCACUAAUAUUUUACUUUACACAUUCUAGGUUCAACUUUGGGUCAGAACAAACAAAAUGCAAAGUGUAUGUCUAGCCACAAAAUGUUCCUCACAGAAAGCUUGAGGCUGGCUGCUCCCCGAUAGGAAGACAAAGUAUUUGAGAGAUUGCUGCAAUAGUUGAGAUAAGUUCCUGGGGAAAGUGCCAGAUUAGGCAAGUCUGAGAAAAUAUGUUUCUCCCUUUAAAGAUAAAAGUAUAGACAAGUUAUUUUUUUCCAAACUACCUCAAGAGUAUCAAGAAACAGAGCCACACUUACCCAGGAAAUAGAUAAUCUUUUAAAUUUGUCUUCAUGAAUAUAUCCUCUUUGGGUGCUUUGGGUAGCCACUGCUUAAAAGUCAUGGGGCAGUUUCUAGGAACGUGUAUCUAGUAAUCAAUAAGGACAGGAAAAGGAUGCUAGCUAUGGCACUCAGUCUACUCUCCAUCCCUGUAGGACUUCACAACUGGAAAUCUGGAAUCUUGGGACAAAACAUGGAGAUUUGAAAUUAAGGAGACACGAGCAUCAGAUGAGGCCUAGGGGGAUUAGACUGGCAAUCAAGAAGUCGUUUUCUACUUUACUUCAGUUUCUAUUAAAAAUCCUAAGAACACAAAGGAACAGAAAUCAACUUCUUGCUAGCAUAAGAAAGGAAAUGUGUGGUCCUUGUUCCUCAGACAUUCCUGGCUUUGUCAGCUAUCACAGAACAAAUGUGUGUUCCUGUCUGCCAGGCUUUCUCCUGCCCUGUCCCUACUGGGGUCAUGACUUCAGGUCCUGCCGUCAUCCCUGUGUGGGAAGAUUAUACACAAAAACUGCUACAACUAGAGUUUUGGAUGAUUACAUACCCUGUUUCUCUCCUGAGAGAAAAAGUGAAGUUCCAGGUUAAACCACUUUUCAAAAUCAGAUAAAUUGUACUAAGUCUAGGAAUUUAGUAGAAAUUUAUAGUUUAGAAGAAAAUAGUUCUAAAAUGUCUUUUGCCACUAGAGAUAGAGAGCUGGGGUGGAAUGCCUACUUAGCACAGUUGUGCAAGGCUGUAAGUUUGGUCUCUAGCAACACACAUGCUUGAAUAUACACAGAAUCAAAAAUGAAGGCUAACUUACCUUGUGGAGAGCAAGCAAGUCAAGAGGGUACCAAACACUGAAAUGGAAGUUAGCAUGAUUAUUUUAGACAUUCCCCCUCCCAAUCCUACUUAAGUCAGAGUAGAUUGUGAGCACAAACUCAAGAGCAAAUUUCCAGAGUUAUCCUAUAGACUGAAAAGAAGAGCACGUGGAGAGAUGCAAGCCCUGGGGAAAGACCCCAGGACCAGCUCUUGAUAGGCUAGGAGGCCGCAUAUGCCUUCUGGUGAUGGACCACAUAGCUUUAGGCUUAUGCGCCAAUAUACAACAUCUUCCUACAGUACCCCACAGCUCCCUGUAGUUAUCUAUCCAUUCAGCGGAAUGGUGCUAUUGAACUUGGUGCUAAUACCUAGAUGGUGGCAGAGCUUGCAGAAAUGUUAACAAAUAGUCAUGUGAAUGGCUGCGUGUCUAUAAACUUCCAGAUAGACAUAUGUGAGAUGGUGUUGCUGGCCAAUGCCAGUUUUCUUUGUUCUGAGACCAUGAACAUAACAUUACAUAGUAUGUGCUUUUAAACUCUUUCAAGCUACUAGUAUGUAUUAUUCUGAUCGAUUCCUGUGGAAAUAAAACACUGAGAUUUGGAUAAAAUUCAAGGUAUACCAGAAAUAGGAGAAAAUACACAUUGACUGAAGCCAAGGAAUUUAUGUGUAAUUAAGCAUACAUUCUUGCAUUGUCUUUAUAUAAAAACAUUGCUGGCCAAUGACAAUCUCCGGUAAAAUAGCUAUUUUAGAGAAAUACUUACAUUAUUCUGUUAGUGGCAUAAAUGGAGAAAAAGGUGGAGGAGAACUUGACUUUCUAAUGAGGAAGUUUACAAGUACUGGUAGUAUAGGCUUUCAGAAGUGUUAAUUAGUAAGCCAUGUGAAUUUAACUUAAGCUGGUACUGUUCUAGAGCAGAGUAAAGUACAUGACACCAGAGUCCUGGGUAUGACCAGGCUUCUGAAACUCAGGAACAAACUUGGAUUUCUACUGACCUCAACAAACUAAAGUAGGCCAGAUUUCCCAAUACAAAAAGUAGACCAUGUCAUUUGGGACCUAUGCGGUGAAGCACAUCAUGAGCCUGUGGGGAGAGUCUGGCCAGGUGCUCCAUUCUAGAUCUUUCUCCAGUUUGUCAAGUACAGGAAAUAGGCUUCUGAUCAUGCAUCAUGGACAUCCUCUGCCUACCAUGGUGAAACUCUCCUAUGGCAUGUGUCAUUUGUGUUUGCUGUAGGAGUCAUCAUUCAGCUGCUCUGCUGCGGGCUACCAGUGUUUCCAUGGAUAUUUAAUGCUUUAGAUGUUAGAAGGACUUUAAAUAGCAGGAUGACGCUGACAGCAAGAACUGGAUGGUGUCUUUACAGGGACAAUUGUGAGGGCUUGGUUUAUUUUGUCCAUAUCCUCUUUCACUUUAACUCCUUGAAGGUAUGAGCAAGAAGUUGAGCAAGAGACACUGGAUAUACCCUUACUAUGAGCCUAGCAGGUCUACCAUGGGGCCUUGGGCUUAAAUACAUCAAGUUGGGUUUACAUUGCUACUCAGAGUGAUAGAAUUAGUUCUCCAAAAACUUAUAGGCUAUUUAAUUCUUGAACAUCAAAAGAGUGUUAUACCAUAAGAGAACAAUAUUCCUAGAAACUUUAUAGUGAAUACUUUGUUCAAGUAAUGAAUCAUGUCCUGCAACAAACGAUUGCUUUCCUCUGUGGGAAUAGCUGUUUAGUCAUAGGUCUUCCUAAAUAAGAGCACAGAGACUUACUCCUGGUCUCCUGAGACAGCAUGUCUUCACUGGCUUUCCAGUGCAAUGCUUUUUGAGAGUCUGUUAAACCACCUCCAUCAAGAAUUCAAAUCAGCUUGAGGGAUUAUAUUAUUUCAGACCCUAACCUCCCAUCUGGUUAGCUAAAGUUAUCUGAAAGCUACAUAUUGCUAACCUAGAAAAGUGCAAAGUCUUAGCUUUCUCCUUUCUCACUUCAAGAUGAAGCUCUGAGACAGCCUAUCUGGUGCUCAAUCCACAGUGAUUCACUUACACAAGUCACAUGUCUUGAGCUUACUGGUGCUAUAACCAAUACAAUAUAUUUGAUGCUACUCUUGUUGCUAAUUCAAGUAUUUCUUUUUAAUUCAAGUAUUUUUAUUUUAAGUUCUAUCACUAAAAAUAAUGUGAUGGGGAAAAUGUAUUUCUCCCUACCAUUGCCCUCCAAAAUAAUGGUGUGACAUCCAUGGCUAACUCAUUUUCUCCCUUGUGUUUCUGUACUGAUGAUUCACCACCUGAUUCCCACACUGCUUAUGUACCCAGUGAGUACCUCAGUAUUAAAACCAGAUUAUAAUCACAGGCUGUCUUUAUGUGGCAUCAAUAAAUGGCCAAACUCA